GAAAGGAGCUUGUAAGCCACCUCGAGUCUCCUUACAGGAGAGAGAGGCAGGGUAUAAAUCCAAACUCUUCUUCUUCUAGUUAGCUGCUCUCUUAAUAUGUUUUAGGUUGGGGGUGGGGGAGUGUAUCCUAUUUUCUGCAAAACGACUCCUAAGAGAACCCACUCCAGAGAAAAUUGAUAUUUUGUCUCUCCUUCUCAACACCCUUCUAGAAAAACAAAAAUGAAUUCCAGAUUUUUGGCCCCUCUCUACUACUUGAGAGUUGAUUUUCUCCUUUCCCUUCUUAACCGUGGUUAAAUGUCUAUUUCAGCAUUGCCUUUGGUUAAGACACAACUGAAGAUAGCCAUAACCAGGGCUUGAAACUGGUCCGCAAAUGUCUGUUUUAGUUAAUCGCAGUUAAGAUCAUGGUAGUCCUUUGCCAGAGUUAAAGCCAGAGGAAGAAUUGAUGGAGAGGUUGGGCAGGGAACUGUUGAUCUUACGGGUGGCUGAUGCUACAUCUGUACUGUCCCCUUUGACAAGACGUGGUUCAAACUGUGUGCCUCAGAAGACUGGGUGUCAAGUGGAGAGAAGCCAGUCUCAGCCGCCUUCUGUUUCUUUUUGCACAUCUAGAAACGGGUCUCCAAACCAUCAGCCUGAACCUCCUGCUCCAAUUACAGAUAACCUUCUCCCAACAACCACACCUCAGGAAGCUCAGCAGUGGCUGCUUCGAAACCGCUUCUCUACUUUCUCUCGGCUUUUCACAAAUUUUUCAGGGGCAGAUUUAUUGAAACUAACCAGAGAAGAUGUCAUUCAGAUUUGUGGUCCUGCAGAUGGCAUCAGGCUCUUCAACGCAUUAAAAGGACGGUACGUAACAUCAGAAUGGGUUUCAGACAGUUGUUGGAAACUUUUACUCGGAGCCGCAAUAAAAACAGGGCUCCUGCUUUUUGGUGCUUGAAAAC